AUGUCGGUCAGUAAUAUUGCGAAGCGCCCGACCGCAUCAUCCGCCAAGAGUGCAGCAUCGCCAUCGUCGGCAAUCUCAUCACCGCACACUUCUUCGGCCUUGGAGGCUUCUAGAACUCAGUUCGCAAGUGAGGAGUCCGAGAAUGGCAGCAAUGAGAAUAUACCUUCCAGAUUCAGCAAGGAACAUCUUCUGCUCAUCGAUUCUGACGACCAGAUUGUCUACUCGGGCCCGUCGACCGUCAUGCCCUUAUUCGCCCGCCUUGGCCUGCUUCAUACCGUCGAGGUCUCCGAGAGCGACAAGGAAGUUUCCCAUUUCACGUCACACUCUGCGGAGGCGCUGGGGAUCACAAGAGCGGCGACAUCUUCGGACAACUACAUUGACCUGUGUCUCCAGGCUUGUCCAAAAGGCCUCGUGAACAGACUGAUCAGUCAGCAUAUGAACAACCCCGUUUUCUUCCCGCUACUGCAUACCCCAUCAUUCCUGUCCGAGUUCAACGCAACGAUCGAGCGUAGGCUGCCGUGCACAGCUCAGUAUGGAGCCAUGCUGAUGGCCAUCCUCGCCGUGACGGUCCGUUUUGUCGGGAGCGCCAGAGCUCUACUCCCACCCCAGGAGACAUGUCAAGCUGGCGAAGCCUACAGUGAGCUUUCCCAAAACUUGCUGCGGCUCAGCAAGAACAAGCUCGAUAUCCGCUACAUCCUGGCUCUCUACCAUCUUGCCUUGUUCUCCGAAGGCCACACAUCACCUGGCUCGGCCUCGAUCUUUGUCGCAGAAGCUGUCAGCCUGGCAUUCGCAACCGGGCUGCAUCGCAGUACUGUGGAGUUCAGGAUGGACCCCGUCACAUUGCAGAUCCGCACUCGCCUGUUCUGGGCGCUGUAUAUGCUCGAUAUCACGCUCUCAUAUUCCCAAGGACGGCCUCCGCUCAUCAAACUAUCGGAAUGCAACGUUGAUCUGCCCAUCGUCAUUAGCAACGAGUACAUCAGGAAGACGGAGAUUCUCCCUCAACCAGAUGACAGUCCACCGCUCGCCAUAGCAGCCGCUGUCAAGACGUUACAGAUAUACAUAGUUCUAGAGCAGGUGCUAUCCGCCAUAAACGCCCCUUCCAAGUCACCGGCAGCUGCAUAUUCUCUGAGUGACGCCCCGACCAACCGCAGCGAGCUCAUGAGGCGAGCGCAGAUGCGGCUUGAUGAGAUUGAGCGUCAACUCCCGUCCUAUCUGUCACAGACCGAUAUCACCCCGAGCCCGACGUCGAGUUUCCUCUUCUCCUGCCGCGUCCGGACAGUGUUCCAGUUCGUCCGGACCCUCAUAGCCCGGCAAGCACUCAUGGAUGAGCUGGAGGACGGCGGCGACCCAGCUCAGACGGAGAGCGCCAGCUCCGCCACACUGGAAGCCUGCCGUCUCUCCGUAGACACGGUGAAGACGUAUUCUCGCUUGCGGCACCUCGGUCUUCUCCGCUUCUGCGGAUUCCAGGCUGUCUCCCACAUCACCACCGCCGCCCACACGCUCAUCGCAUGCAUGCUGAAGGACUCGAAUCUCACGCUCGAGCACAGGCCAGACCUGCUGCUGGCCAUCGACAUCUUGUCCAUCUUCGCGCCGCUCAUCCCGCACGCCGAGACGGUCGCCCAGUCGCUCCUCCAUCUGUCGCGGGAUCUGGAUCGCAAUAAUAGCUCGACUCCUCAUGCUGAAGCUGCUGAAAUCAGGGUGCUUGCCCGGCGAAUGGCACGCUCAUCCCCAAAAGGUGCGGCAAUCGACCCUUCACGCCAACAAGGAGGCCUAGCCCAGAGAUUGGAUGCCGAAUCCUUAUCGGGAAGCGUAGCUGCGUCGCAGGACUCUGCUGCAUCGUUCGAUCAUCAGCAGCCACCUGGCUUGGGCGGUAACCCUCUGUUUAUGUAUCAGGGAGGUGAGACGGGUAUAGUAUGGCCCUCCUCCGCACAUUCCGAGAUGAUUGAUCCCGCGUGGAUGUACGGUGUGUCGGACAAUACAGUGUGGGAAGACAGCUUUUCAUUCCUCAAUGAUGGAUUGUUCAGGAAAAUUUAG